UAUUAAUGUAAUUGUUUAAAUGUUUUUCAAUAUUUACAACAAAUUAUUAACAAAUACCUCGAAUUUUAACUCAUUAGAGACAAGAUUCUUUUCUAAAUGUUUAAAUUUAACCUCAAGAAACCUCUCUACUACUGUUAACCGACAGAAUUCAAAUGAAUUUGAUGUGUUCAUAGUCGGAGGAGGGACCACCGGCACCUCCCUCUUCUACACUUUUUCAAAAUUCACAAAUUUGAAAAGGAUCGCACUGUGUGAGAGAAGGUCCGGAUACGCUCUUUCAGCAUCAUAUCCUAAAAAUAACAGCCAAACUAUACAUUGCGGAGAUAUUGAAAGCAAUUACACCUCUGAAUCAGCCAGAAAAGUAAAGAGAGCCGCAGAUAUUUUGAGGAAUUACUUAACUAAAUUACCAAAAGAUGAUUUGGAUAGCAUUGCAAAAGAGGGUCAGAAGAUGUUAAUUGGGGUUGGAGAUGUGGAAUGCGAAUUUGUAGAAAAGAGAUUUAAGCCUUUUAAAGAAAUUUUCCCAACAAUGGAAUAUUUAACUAAGGAUCAGAUUGCAAAAGCCGAACCAAAUGUUAUUUAUAAAAAGAACGGCGAGCCUAGACCUGAGGAUGUUAACGCUCUUUACGUGGAGAAUGAACUCACAACGAUAAACUUUCUAAAACUGGCAGAAAUGUUUAUCAAAACAGCAGAGAAUCCAGAUAAGGAUCUGGUGACUAUGAUGAACACAGAAGUAAAGAACGUUGAGAGGCUAGAAAAUGGCUUUAAAGUGAAUACCAAUAAUGGAGAGUUUUUUUCAAAGUUUGUAAUUUUUGGUACUUGUGGAUACUCACUCCUGUUUGCACAUAAAAUGGGCUUUGGACUACAGUACAGUGUUCUUCCAGUGGCUGGAAGUUUUUACUUUUCAAAGGACAUCUUGAAGGGCAAAGUGUACACCGUUCAGAACCCUUUGUUACCUUUUGCCGCAAUUCAUGGAGAUCCGGACAUUGUGGCUGAAAACCAGACCAGACUUGGGCCGACAGCCUUGCCACUUCCCCUCCUCGAGAGGUAUAAUCUGGCAAGCUUUCCUGACUUUUUGAGAGUAUUCAAACUAGAUCAUAGAGUAUUGUUGGUCUACUUUGAUCUUUUUAAACAGAGUACUAUAAGGAACUAUGUCCUUAAAAACUUUUUGUUUGAAGUUCCCCUCCUUUCUAGGUGGCUUUUUCUUAGGGAUGCGAGAAAAAUUGUUCCCUCACUGAACUACUCUGACAUUGUAUAUUCUCAGGGCUACGGAGGCGUGAGACCACAACUAGUUGAUAAAAAGAACAGAAAACUCCUCUUCGGUGAGAGUAAAAUAAGGUCUGGAGACGGUCUGAUUUUCAACAUUUCCCCCUCUCCAGGUGCUACAACUUGUCUUUCAAAUGCAGUCGGUGAUGCAAGGGAGGUUUGUGAGUUUCUUGGUGCAACUCUAUAUGAAGACCAGGUCAAAAAGCUUUUACUAGAAGGCGAAUAUGAAGUUACAACCUAGAUUUUAAUUUAAUUUUCAAUUUAAAUUUC